UAGCUUGCAUUCAUCAACAUCGUACACGCAUAAACACAAGUUAUCAUCGAGACCGAAAGCAAAACCCGCGGCACCGCAUUACAUUACCGGUACACUACACUCUACAGCCAUCGCCAGGCAAAACCACCGGCCCAGCAGCCGCAGCACUGCAUGGUCUCGUCUUGGUUGAAAUUGAAAUAAGAAUAAGAUGGGUGUCUCUCGCUAUGUUAUCAUCGGUGUCCUUAUUUUAGGAGCUCUUUCUGGCUAUCUCUUCCACCCUCCUGUUCCGAAGGGCCUCGCAGAACCAUGGAAAUACCGUCUGGUUCUUGGUGUGGCGAAAAUUACACGAGUUUUGGCUUUUGUCAAGUACCGGAUUGCGAGCAGAAACCAGACAUUUAUGGAUACAUACCGAGGGAUGUACAGAAAACACAGACCAAAGGAGCUCAUCCCAGGAUCAAACAUAAGGUCAAAGGUCAUGAACUUUGAUGGGGUCAAAGUUCGGGUGUACGAGCCGAUUGAGAGAAAGGAGGAGGCUACCCCAGCCAUGGUUUUCAUGCACGGUGGUGGUUUGGCUUUAGCCAAUAUUGAUGUGUAUGAUCGUCUUACUCGGCAGAUGGCGGAGAAGUUAGACAUUGUCUUGGUGUCAGUUGAGUACCGAAAGAUCCCCGAACAUCAGUUCCCUGCUCAGAUCGAAGACUCAAUGAUAGCAACCAGAUAUUUAUUGACUCAUGCGAGCGAUUUCAAAGUCGAUGCUAGUCGGGUGGCUGUAUCGGGUGAUAGCGCCGGGGGCUACCUCGCAACAGUCAUAGCCCAGCAGGUUUACGACGACCCGGACCUGCCUAACAUAAAAGUCCAGGUCUUGUUUUACCCCGGGACGCAGAUGUUCGACUUCCAAACGCCUUCCCACCAGAAGUGUACGGCGCUUUUCGGCAACAACGGGAUGCUAACGCAUCAGACGCUGGCGUGGUUGGGAAGCAUGUACCACUUUGGGAAGGCGGACUUCGAGUUCAUGGGUCAGGUGAUGAGCAAUAAUCACACAGCACCCUCGUUUAAGCAGACGAAGCGCUACCAGAGAAACAUUAAUCAUAGCCUGGUCCCGAAAGAGCUUAUCCCGGACUUUUACAAGCCGCCGCCCAACAACACGGGCAGCGAUGCACUGUGGGAGAAGCUGAAGGAUGUGUACAUGGAUCCGAGGCACGAUCCCCUCAUGCGGGACGACCUCCGCGGAAUGCCGGACAGUUUCAUCGCAACCUGUGGGUUCGAUUGCAUCCGCGACGAUGGGAUCAUGUACGCAAAGCGUUUGGAACAAGCCGGGAAUCACGUGGAAUGGGUGAAUUAUAACGGAUGCUUUCACGGUGUCCUCUGGCAAGGCUGGAUUAACUUCAAGAAUGGCCGAAAGAUGCUCGAAGAUGGUCUUGCCUAUGCAAAGAAGCAUCUUUGAGUCAGAAUCCAUCUUAUUUCUAGUCACCUUUAUUCGCCAUCUUGCAACAUGGAUACAAGUAUAAAUUAUUAAAUUACAUGUAUAUGAAAGCUUUAAAACCAGUUGCAGCAUACUGUAAAGUGAAAACCAUCCUCAAAAAAGGGUUGUACAUACAUGUUAAUUGUGUAUGUUUUCUGCGAGCAAGUGGCCAUAUAUGUUGUGGUAUACAGUGCACAUGUAUCUAAGAAUAUUUGCCAGCGCACAUAAUUGUUUUCCAAAUAAUCUCUUGCCAUCAAUUUUUGUUUACUAUCAGUAGCACCUGUCUUUUCCUUUGGUGGUGAUUUACUGCUACAUUCAGUGUGUAAAAAAACAACAACCCCACAACACAAUCUACAAUUAUUCAAUAAUUAAUGGAAAAAGGGGUUUAGGUAUUUAGUGGUUGCUUUGUAUCUGACAUUAAUAAGAAACAUAGAAAAUUGAAUUCCCAAUCUUUCAAUAGUCUCAUUUUCUAAAAUUCAAAUCGCAGAUCUGUGGUAGGUCCGUGAUUGGUACAGAUCACAAAAUGAAGUUGAAUGCCCUUUUCCCUUUUAACCUUUUGACUACUGAGUGAAUUCUGCCAUUCCAUAGAGUGAUCAUCGGGUUCCAGUAAGCCAUGGGUUAACCAAUGAUGAAUAGUGCCACACAUGUAGAUAAUUAGAAAAUUCAGAUGGCUUUUUUUACAUGUAUCCUGUAUGUACAUGUAUAUCUUACAAAUAUUGUUCUAAAAUAUUUAUUGGCUUUACGAAUGAUUUAUUUAUGAAGCAAAAUGAUUCUGUGGUCUAAUUUACUGUUUUUAUGAAAAUGAAAUAUUCAAUACACCUUGCUUUUCAAUGCAAUCUCUUAUAGUCUUUGUCCCAGCAUCAUGAUUGACUCUUGAUUGUAAAUUACAGAUUAUACAUUUACUAACUAACAUUUACCACAUGUUUUAUAGCAGGCUUUAUUACAGAAUUUGAUCGGCUGCAGAGCUGUUCAAUAUUCAAAGGAUUUUGAAUAGUUUUCCUGAUCAAUUCGGUCUUUUCAUAUUUAAAAAAAGCCAGCCAGACUGACUUGAAAGCCUGGGCCUUCAAGGACGAAAAAUGGUCCAGUGCAUAUAUACAAUAUGCAAAAAAUGUAUAGAAUGUUGUUUGAUUUUCCAUCAGAAGUAUUAAUUCUUGUUAUUGUUGUCUUCUUGUCUUCGAUUGGGUUUGAAAGGCUGGUGUACAUGUUUAGUGCCAUGUACUGUAUAUGUAUGUAUACUCUGAAAUAUAGGGAGUUUUGGGAACUACUGGUGAUUUAAUCAUGUUUGAGAAAUUGUAAAUUGUUAUAUUCUUCUAGUCCAAAGAGAUGUUGUGUUGAUUUAUAUGUACGGAUAAGGCCUUGUUACUAAACAUUUUGAAGACAGUGUACAUGUAGGAAAUACAUGGACUUGAGGGAUUCCCGAUUUCACCCUCAUGGUUGACUUCACCCUCUCCGAAAUCACUAUCAAAAUUCUCCAAAUGGAAUGCUUUUUGAUGACCAUCUUUUUUCCCCCCAGAUUCGCCCCAAGAUCUGCCACAAACAAUAAAUUUAAAGAUAUUCAGAAAUUUGAUAUUCUAAAAAUGAGAGUGGCAGAUUUCUGAUAUUUGCAUUUACUGCAUAAUUGCGUGUGCAAAAUACAUAAGUAACCCUUGAAGUGAGAGACCUAAAUAGUUUUUCAACAAUCAGCAAUUGUCCCAUUGAAAAAAAUCCAAAUUGCACUUGAAAAUAUUGUACAAUACCUGAACCCUGUUUGAGGAAGUUAUUAUAUUUUGGGUAAUUUUGUUGCUAGGGAUGUAAAAUUUACAAUGUCUGAAUGAUGUGUCAAAAUGUCAAGAUAAAGUCACUCUCUCUACGAGCAAGUGAAGGUUAGAUCUAUGGGGGGUAAUAAAAAACAGUGUAUGAACAGACAGAUCCAUAUUCAGCACAAGUUGAGAAUUCUUGCUUGACCGAGGGAUAUGCCUUUUGCUACAACUGUAUAUUGCUGGUUCACACUGGGCUAUUAUUGAUAACUUCAUGAAAAAGGAGUCUAAAUUGCUCAUCUUCAGUGAAUUGUAUGAUCUCAUUACAAAUAUGUAAAGUCUACAUACAUGUAUGUACAUGUACAAACAGUAAAUAGCAUUUAUUAGUAUUGGGUUCUGCUGAUACAUGUAUGUCACAAUCUGCACAUCAAAAUGGACUACAUGUAUCAUGCUAAAAAGGUGUGUUGUGUAUUGUAUGAAUAGAAUUAAUCAAUAAUGCAUCUAUGUGGAAUGAAAUGAAUCAAUAAUGCAUGUUUGUGUAGUCAGGUGCCCAAACUGUUGACCUGGACUUGGUACACAAAGCUUGGUCAUUAAUUGUAGGAUAAUUUGCAUGAUCGAAUGCUUUGAUCAAAUCAUUACUUGCAAUUAUCAUAGUUUACAAUAUCUGCCUGUUAUGAAAGCGCACAAAAAACAUUUUGGAAAAGAACUUACAUGUAGUAACAAAUCUUGUUUAUUUGUUUUACACCAUGAUUGAUCUGUCAGUGAUGUGACAAAGCACUGUAUAUGUAUAUCAGUAGAUGCACAUUGUCCACUCUCUGGGGAGUGUUACAGCUUGACUGUAUGGCCUUUUCCUUGCUGACUUAACCCACAUGUAGUACCAGGUCUUAAACAUAUAAAACACCUGGGUGGAGAGAGGCAAACAUGUAUCAUUGCCAAGCAAACCCCUAGAGGUGUUUUUAACAUACAUGUACCAGGUACCACUCCACACAUAACAUGAGCUAGGUGGAGGGAGGCAAACGUAUAUAAUACAUGUAUUUUGUCUUGCCAGAGCAUGCCUGAUUGAACCACAAUAUUAUGCACACUCUCCACUCUCUGGGGAGUAUUCCAGACAGUGUAGUGUUGUGACACUAUCCUUGCCAAGCAAACCCCACUGGCGUUUCUACCCUACCAGGUAUAUGAAACACCUGGGUUGAGAGAGGUUAAUACA